AUGUCCACUACAGCCAGACCCCUUAAUGACGAUGAAGUCUUUAACGAAAUGAAGAAGAUGGUUGCCUUCAUCAAACAAGAAGCCGUUGAAAAGGCCAGAGAAAUCAAAGUCAAGGCCGACGAAGAAUUCAAUAUUGAAAAGGCUAAAAUUGUUCGUCAAGAAUCCUUGAAUAUUGAGUCUGUCUUUGAACGCAAAAUCAAGCAAGCCGAAGUUCAAAAGAGAAUUGCUCAAUCCAACCAUAUCAACAAAACACGUCUUCGUAUCCUUCAAGAGCGUCAACAAGUGCUUGAUGAUCUCUUCGAAGAGACAGACAAGCGUAUUCAUGAAGUCUCUGAAGAUCAAGACCGAUAUGCAACAUUGCUUGAAGGUCUUAUUCUUCAGGGUAUUUAUUCCCUUAUGGAAGACCAAGUUGUCAUCCGUUGUCGUGAACAAGAUGUUGAUCAAGUAAACAGUGCUGCUGAAAGUGCUGCCGAUAAAUACGAAGAAACCAUGAAAACUCGACCUUCUUUUACGAUUGAUGAAGAAUACCUUCCUUCCUCUAAGUAA